AUGGAGAGCGGCAAGCUGGACCCCAUCAUCCGGGAUGUCUACGCGGCCGCCAGCCACGUGCAGCAGGCGCCGGGCGAGGCGGCGGCGCGCCGGGGCGCCGGCGCCCGCGAGCUCAUGGUCAGGCUGACGGAGGGGCAGUACGUGCUGUGCCGGUGGACCGACGGGCUCUACUACCUGGGCAAGAUCAAACGGGUGAGCGGCUCCAAGCAGAGCUGCCUCGUGACCUUCGAAGAUAACUCCAAGUACUGGGUGCUCUGGAAGGACAUCCAGCACGCCGGCGUCCCCGGCGAGGAGCCCAAGUGCAACAUCUGCCUGGGGAAGACGUCGGGCCCCGCAAACGAGAUCCUCAUCUGCGGGAAAUGCGGGCUAGGUUACCACCAGCAGUGCCACAUCCCCGUGGCCAGCAGCGGCGAGGGCCCGCUGGGCGCGCCGUGGUUCUGCCGCCGCUGCAUCUUCGCCCUGGCCGUGCGGAAGGGGGGUGCCCUGAAGAAGGGAGCCAUCGCCAAGACGCUGCAAGCCGUCAAGAUGGUGCUGUCCUACGACCCCGAGCUGCUCGAGUGGGACUCGCCGCACCGGACCAACCAGCAGCAAUGCUACUGCUACUGCGGCGGCCCCGGCGAGUGGUACCUGAAGAUGCUGCAGUGCUACCGCUGCCGGCAGUGGUUCCACGAAGCCUGCACCCAGUGCCUCAGCGACCCCAUGAUGUUCGGGGACCGGUUCUACGUGUUUUUCUGCUCCGUGUGCAACCAGGGACCCGAGUACAUCAAGCGCCUGCCCUUGCGGUGGGUAGAUGUCGUCCAUCUGGCCCUCUACAAUCUGGGCGUGCAGAGCAAAAAGAAGUACUUCGACUUUGAGGAAAUCUUGGCCUUUGUAAAUCACCACUGGGAUCCUUUGCAGCUCGGAAAGCUGACGGGCACCCCGGUCUCGGAGCGAGGCCCCCACCUUCUCAACGCGCUCAACAGCUACAAAAGCCGAUUUCUGUGCGGUAAAGAAAUCAAGAAGAAGAAAUGCAUCUUCCGCCUGCGAAUUCGUGUCCCGCCAAACCCCCCCAGCAAGGUCCUGCCGGAGAAAGCGCCGGGCACGGCUGAGAGCCGCUCCUGCGAGCUGAAGAAAAGAGGGAAAAGCAAAUACGUCCAUAAAAGCAGCCUGCUCCCUCGCGAGCUCCAGCAGCAGAAGCAGCGAGCUGCUCGGAGGAAAAGGGCCAAGUUCCUGCUGGAGGAUGCCAUUCCCAGCAGCGACUUCACGUCUGCUUGGAGCACGAACCACCACCUGGCCAGCAUCUUUGACUUCACACUGGAUGAAAUUCAGAGCCUGAAAAGCUCCGGCUCCGGCCACGCUUUCCUCUCGGACGUGGACUCCACGGACGCGGCCAGCACCUCGGGCUCCGCCACCACGAGCCUGUCCUACGAGUCCAGGACCGUGGGCAGCCGGAAGCGAAAGCUGGCGGCGCCGGCCUACGCGCCGGCGGGGGCGAGGAAGCGAGGCGGCGAGCCCGGCGGGCGCCCGCCCGGCGGCGGCCCCGAGCGCCCGGACGACGGCAUCGACAGCCACACCUUCGAGAGCAUCAGCGAGGACGACUCCUCGCUCUCGCACCUCAAGUCCUCCAUCAGCAGCUACUUCGGGGCGGCCGGGCGGCUGGUCUGCGGCGAGAAGUACCAGGUGCUGGCGCGCAGGGUGACCCUGGAGGGCAAAGUCCAGUACCUGGUGGAGUGGGAAGGCACCACCCCGUACUGAGCCGGGCCGCCUCGCCGCCACGGGGAGCGGGGGCCCGGGCACGCCUGGCACCCCGGGUGCAAAGCGGAGGAGGAGGAGGAAGGGGCGUUGGACACGGCUGUGAGGAAGCGCCCGGCCGCGCUCCCGGCUGCGCCCCCGGCAACCCCCUCCCGGGCUUGGCACCGAGCCGAGCGGAAUUGCAGGAUUUUUUUAUUCAAUUGCAUUUUUUUUAAACAAUCUAUUUUUUUGGCCGCGUGCGUGCGGACGGCAUCACCUCGCUGCCUUUUCCUGCCCGAGCCGUUGGCUAAGCCAGAGGCGCCGUCGCGGCGGCGAGAGGAUGGGGCUUUUCUCCCCGUGCCUCUCUGCUGCGUCCCGGAGGCAGAGCCGGCGCCGCCGGGCCCCGGCUGCAGCUCCGGGGCUGCCCGUGCUUCCGCGCCGACGGACUUCGCAUCGGUGCCUGCGGGAUCCGGGUGCUGCGGCCGCAUCCGAGCCUUAAAUAACGACUGUGCCGUCGCUAAAGCGCAAAGCGGUUUCGCUCUCGUGCCGGAGAGCCCACCUGCUGCGUCCUUGCGCCGGCGGGAACGAGCGGGCAGGGGGCUGCUUGCCGCAGCCGUCGGAGAGCAUUUUCCUUCUCAUCUUAAAUCCGCCCGUUAAUGGAACGUAGUUUGUUUUAAACGAGGGGAAAACGCCCCAGCUUUGGUGGCCGCAGGGCAGCUCUGCAGGCUGGUUGCGAUCGUCCCGCGACCUAAGAUGACGCAGCAGCUCCGUUUCCGCGUUCUUCUGACAAUCUCGGCGGUGGAGCGAGUUGGACAGAGCAGGCGCCUCGCGAGCAGGCGCCGCGGUAGCCGGGACGGAGCCGGAGGCCUUCGCUCCCGCGGGAAUCGCCGUGCCGGACGUGCCCCACGAGGAGGCGAACCGACAGCGGCAGCCGGAGCCGCAGCGGCGCCGGGACCCGCGUUGCCCGAGGCGCUGCCGAGCGCGGCGGUCCGUCGCCCUGCCUAAAGCCACUGCGCCGCCCAAACUGGAGCAACGCUGUCGGGUUGCAACAAAAUGAGCUUAUCUUAAAAAGCAAAACAUAGACUGUUUACAAACUCUAAUAGCACCAGAAAUGUUAGAUGGUUUUCUUUUAAGAUAUAUAUAGAUAUAUAUAUAUAUAUA